AAGUCACCUGCAGCCUGUAUUGCUGCAAGUAGUGGAUCCUUUUUUACUGUGGAUGGUCAACAGACAUCUAAAGAUAGUCGUCAAGGUCAAUGGCAACGGCGGAGAAGACUAGAUGGAGCACUAAAUAGAGUACCAAUCGGAUUUUAUCAAAAAGUAUGGAAAAUUUUGCAAAAAUGUCAUGGACUUUCUGUGGAAGGUUUUGUUCUUCCUUCUUCAACCACAAGGGAGAUGACCCCAGGCGAGAUUAAAUUCUCUGUCCAUGUGGAGUCUGUCCUGAAUCGUGUACCUCAACCAGAGUACCGCCAGCUUCUGGUUGAAGCUAUCCUUGUCCUUACCAUGCUGGCAGAUAUUGAAAUUCAUAGCAUCGGAAGCAUCAUUGCUGUGGAAAAAAUAGUACACAUUGCCAAUGACUUGUUCCUUCAAGAACAGAAAACCCUUGGCGCAGAUGACGUCAUGUUGGCAAAGGAUCCUGCAUCUGGCAUCUGUACUCUUCUGUAUGACAGCGCACCCAGUGGCAGAUUUGGCACAAUGACCUACCUCUCCAAGGCAGCUGCUACCUACGUGCAGGAGUUUCUGCCACACAGCCUCUGUGCCAUGCAGUGAGGGCUGUGGGUUCUGGCUGCUGGAAUCCUUUCAGCAUCUGGUCCCUGUGUUGGUUGAUUGUGCAUGGAACUGAAAUGUUAACACCUGACCACUCUCCAUCCCUCCCAAGAAGAGAGAACUUUGCUGAUAAUCUCACUACUUUUGAAGAAAAGAACCCUCACUUGGAGACUCACUCCAGUGUAAAGGUUCAACUGGGUCUACAAUCACUAUCCUUGCUUCUUUUAUGGUUCAGAAAUGUCUGCAUGUGUUUUUACUCUGUAGAACUGUUACCAGCUUUGUUUUCUAACUCCUUUUGAGGAACAGGUAUUAAUAAGUUAUUCUGAAGACCUUAUUCUUAUUUCUGGGCUUCCUUUCUUUUUUGUGUAUAUGAGUGGUAGGUCUUAAUUGGGUCAUUAUUUCAAGAGAGUAGAUGCUAAAUUGUUGGAUUUUAUACUGCUGUAAUUUUGAAAUGUCUAUUUUAAGUGCCUUAAGAAACACCAACACCAGAUCAUGGCUUCCUUCUUCACUCGAAGGCUGAUUCAUUUUGAGUGGUGAAAUAGUUUCUUUGUCAAAUAUUGCCUUUUGAUGUUGACCUUUCUAUAUCUGCCCAUGUUGCCUGCUCUGUGGUGAAAUAUUAAAAAGUGUAAGCUCACAUGUAAGUUUAAGGAUUUCUAUGUUAAUACUUGAAGUCACAUUUUAUGAGGACUGAUGCUACCAGGCACAUAUUUGAGGACACAUGGAAUAACCCAGAAAAAAAUGGAGCCAGGAGCCCAAUUCCAGAGAGGAAGGGAAAGGGGAGGUUAUGCAGGUGGUGCUUUACACACAGGGAGUCAAGAGACCACCAGAGGCAAGUAGGUUAAUCCUUGCUGGAGCACAGCCCACAUACAACACAGAGAAUAACUGAAGCCUUGAGCAAAGAGAAACCCAGCAGUCCAGUCGGAGCACCUCUUUCCUGUUCUUUUGUUCUCCACCUCACCUAUUCACACCCCGCCACACUCAAAUCUCUCCUUCUCAUCUCCCUCCUAUCCCAUAUCUGUUCUUCAAUUCUUUCACCUAUGUUUGUUUUCACUUCUCAGUUAUACUACUUAUAUCCUUUAAUCUUGGUAUCUGUGGCCAAAUAUCUAUUCUUAUACAUAUUUCUGUGUGUUUGUAAUGGUUAAAUAAUUGUAUUUUGAGUGUGUCUGUCCAUCUCUACAUUUAAUGGAUUGAAUAACCAUGUGGGUAACAUUGCAAACCAAGCCUGGUCAUACUCAUUGCUAAUCUGAGAACUUGAGAGGCUGAAGCAGGAGGAUCGUGAGUUCAAAGCCAGCCUGGGCUACAAAGCAAGCUCCAGGCAAGCCUCAGUAUGAGACCCUGUCUUGAAACAUUUUAAAGCAUGGGAGCUAUGCAGCUGGCCUCAGAUUGACACACAAAGGAUCGCAAAAAUAUACCUUCCAUCCCAUUCUCUGGUCCCAUGUAUAGGUAGCCUGGCUUAGCAGAGGUUUUCUUUGUUUUCCUUGUUUCUACUCGACUCCUCUUUCCCUCAGAGUUUUAAGGGUUUUCUCCCAGAACAGUAAUGAGUAUGAUGGGGCUAGUGAACUCAAAACAGUCACAGAAUCGGGAACAGUCUUCCAGGCACACUGUCCAAAUGCAGUGAGCUAGCAAACGGGUGGUAGAAGCAAAGGCAGGGUGGCCCCCUUUCCCCUCUCACAGCCAUGGGAACACACAGUGAAUAGCUUUCUGAGUGCAUGGUUUUCCGGUCACUUUUGAGGAGAACAUACAACCUGUUUGUCUCUUCACAGCCUAUAAGUACCCUAGUCACGGGAAACACACCCAGCACUGCUUGUGGGAACUGCCGCUCCUUCCUGGACCUCUUUUCUUGAACUGACUCCAAUGCCUGCAGUUCUCUGGAGUUUCUGACUUGUCUGUUGAUGGAAAGCCCAGGCAGUGGCAUUUAAUUUCUAAAGUAACUUUCCAGAAAACAUUACUGGUAUUUUGUUCUUUUUUUCUUUUGUUCUUAUUUUUUCGAGACAGGGUUUUUCUAUGUAGCUCUUCAUGUCCUGGAACUCACUCUGUAGACCAGGCUGGUCUCGAACUCACAGAGAUCCGCCUGCCUCUGCCUCCCGAGUGCUGGGAUUAAAGGCGUGCGCCACCACUACCUGGCUAAGUAUUUUGUUCAUUUUAAGAGUGUUAAUAUGAAGAAAGAAACAUGAUGGAACUUUUUACAAGCACUUUAUGUUUUGAAGUUAGAAUAAAGAAUAAGAAUUUACUGUG